CAGUUUUUUUUGCUUCUUUCAGUUUGUUUGCAUCAAUCAACAGUCACUAGUAGAACAAGAGCGGAGAGAUUGAGAGCAAGAGGCGAUCACUCGCAGUGCAGUUGAACCUGGAGAGCAGAGUACACGUUGUCUGUGAGCGCCCGAGGAAGUGCCGAAAGGGAAGAUGACGACGGUUCGCCGAGCUGUGAAAAACGUAGUGGGAAACUACAGCGAUAUUCAAGUAAAGGUCAGAGAAGCAACUUCCAAUGACCCAUGGGGACCGUCGGGUGCGUUGAUGAGCGACAUCGCGGAUGCCACGUACAAUGUAAUCGCAUUUGAUGACAUAAUUAGUCUUCUAUGGAGACGACUGAACGACAGCGGCAAGAACUGGAGGCACGUUUACAAGGCACUGACAGUUUUAGACUACAUUCUGAAAACGGGCAGCGAACGAGUCUUUGAUCACUGCAAAGACAACAUCUUCACCAUCCAGACCCUGAAGGAUUUUGUCUUCAUCGAUAAGGAAGGAAAGGAUCAGGGAACUAAUGUGAGAGAAAAGUCAAAGCACCUUGUACAGCUGCUGAAGGAUGAGGAGAGGCUCAAAUAUGAUAGAUCAAAAGCCAUCAAGGCAAAAGACCGGUUUCACGCCGCACUGCCUGUGGGUAGCACUCACUCUAAACAGCGGCGGAGCAGUCUUGAAUCAUCGAGCAGAUCCGGAACUCGCGUAGAAAGCCCCGCUACAACCACUAGCCUGCAAACCAGUCCAAACAACACUGGUAGCAAGUCCUGGCAGACUGAACGCCGCGCCAAUAGCUCAUCGCCAGCCGCAGCUGCUGGCACUCGUGCACCUGUUCAACGGCAGGGGACACUUAGCUCUGACAUGGCACGUGCUAAGCCCUCCAGCGAACAAGAGGAAGCGCUACAGCUGGAACUGGCCAUGGCGUUGAGUCGGCAAGACGCAGAGCAGGAAGUAAAAGCAAAGGAACGGGAAGAGGAUGAUCUCAAAACUGUACUGCAGGCCACAUGUCCGGCUGAUCCAUUCUUCUCCACCGCCACCACCACCGACGGUGCAACUGCUCGGUCUGCAGCUCAGGCCACCAAUGACCCGUGGGGUGGCGCUGCUAGUACACAAUUGGCUCCACCUGGUCAAGCAGCGGCAGUCGCAUCAGCUCCAGCAUCAGCCUCUGCCUGGGAGAACUUUGACGACCGGAAGCAUGUUGUAGUCGACGCUGACCCGUGGGGAACCAACACCAAGGUCUCGCCUGCUGCUGCGGCAGCAGCUCCUCCUGCCACCGCCAUGCCACCGAACAGUGUAACGCCCGAGCUCUUUCCUAGCUCCAACGGUUUUGGCUCGCCGCGCGUUACUGCGCGCGACCCCGAUGUGCCUGCUGCCCCCGCUGCGCCCGCAAGUUUCGACCCGCGUCCACUGGAUAUUGGUAUGAACUCCACGCGGCCAGAGGAGCCCAAAUCGCUUGAGAAGAAGUUCCUUGGCGAGCAUGGCACUCUGGUCAACUUGGACGCCAUCGGUGGGCAGGUGCCUGUCGCUGCUGCUCCCAGUGCUGCUGCUGCCAAUCCCUUUAGUCAAGGCCUGCUAUCCCCACCUGGCACCGGAGUGAGAACAGCCCAGAACCCAUUCCAGAAGGAUAAGCCGCAGAACAAGAGUUUGAAUGAAAUGCGCACAAAGGAGUUUCAAUCUGGCGAUGGCGGAAGUCUACUUCCAGCACCGCUGGUACCAGAAAGCCAGUCAGACGUGCGCCGCUCCAGUGUGCCUUACGUCACUCCAGGCCGCACAAUCGGCCCCGGUGGAUCACCUGUAAUGCCUACUAACCGUAUGAUGCCAAUGGCUGCUGGUGUAGGCAUGCAGCAGCCAGUGCAGAUGGUCCCAGCCAUGGUGCCUAUGCAGCCAGCAAUGGCUGGUUAUGGCGCGGCGGCAAAUCCUUUCAUGGCCACAGCGAAUGCUGGGCGCAACCCGAAUGGAUUCUAUUGAUGUAACCGCCGUGCAUGCGCAUCCACGCAUCCACGCAUGCCGGUCAUUAUUGGCAGCCUCCUGGAAAGUAUGUAGAUACAUGUGUCAGGCUGAGCUGUAAUUUAGCUCAAACAUUGCGCAGUGGUAAACCGCUGUAGACCCGUAACUGUACAUUUCUACCUCGUUUUACCACAUCUACAUUUUUGAAACUUCGAAGUAGCCCGGAAUACCUCCAUGAUAAAGCUUGGAAAUGUAUAUUCACGUUGCACAAAGUCACAAAAAUAAGCUCCCAUCUGUAGUGCUCACUAGAAGGCACCAACGGGCACCUAUGCUUUUUCCCUGUAGUAUUGCCUUGAACAGGUAAGAGUGUGUCCCUUCACCUACAGUGUGUCACCCACCUCUGUACAUUUCCCCCGUAGGUAUUGAAACCGUGUUCUUCAAGUUAUUUCCUACGCAUUGUUCUGUCGUCACUUGGAGCACCUGCCAUCAAGUGUUGUAACUGUCCAUUCCGACCAGGGAGUUUUUAAAAUACUCUUCUGUACGCAACGUUCUGAGUGAUUUGCAAACUAACGCUACCGAACAACACCAAGAUCACGAAACCCCCCGCUACCACCGCUUGUGUGCUGUUGCUGCUGCUGCUAAUUCUGAGAUGUAAAAGAACGCUGAACAACGCUUGUGUAUGCAUGUUUGUGUCGGAUGCUAUUUCUUGUGUUUCUGUUAUCAGUGUAUUUACUGUUUCAAUAAGUUCUUUUUUACGUAGGUGAUGGCAGGCUGGUACUUGACAAUACUU